UUCGAAAUGAAAAUGUUUGAUUGAAACUUGAUGGGACCAACUGAAAAUUUAACUAGAGAAUUAGAGAUGAUGAUAAGUCAGUUGGGCUUCUAGAGAUGAUUGGUGCAUUUAAUUAAUUGGUCUUUGACAACUUACACAAAAAUGAAAUUGGGUAGCUGAUGUGUGAAAUGAAGACCACCAUGCCAACAUAUCUCUACCUCCUCAACUCAUUACCACGUUGUUCCUCCAUCCUUGCCGACUCCCUCGUCCUUCUUAACUUCCUAAAAACUUUAAACCAUUUUCAUCUAUCUACUCCAUUGCUCCUAUCUUUCAUUCUUGUCUUCAUUGUGUUGAAGGAUAUCGACAUAAUGUGUGCCUCUACAAACUACGGUUUAAGAUUGUAAUAGGAAAGUAUUAUAGGUAUUCAAUUGUAUUCGGAUUCUCUUACCUUUUGUAUACCUUGUAACUCCCUAUAUAAGGGCUCAUAUUAUCAAUAAUAAACACACAAUUCUAUUCUCCUACAACACGUUAUCAGCACGAGUUCUAACCCUAGCUUCAGAAAAAGAAAAACCCUAGAAGAAAAAGAACCUUUUUCUUCUCUGCCGUCAACCCAAAAAAAAAAAAAAAAAAACUCCAUUCCGGCCUCAGCCUCACCUCACCGGCCGGACCUCUCCAGCAGUACCUCCAAACCCAGCAGCCCAGCCCGGCCGGCCUCCUCCCCAGCGCCCCCGCUCCCAGACGCCGCCACCCACUGCUGCCUUUGCGCACCUGCCUGCAACCCGCAAGCCUGCAGCCCACGCUGCUGCCUACCCAGCUCACCUACCUCUCGCAAGACUGCCGCCUGCGUCCCUUGCGCGUGCUGCUGCCCGGCCGGCCUACCCGGCUCGCCUCCUCUCGCCCAUCAGCCCUGCACCCGGCUGUCUAGCUGCUGCCCCUGUAAGCCUUCGCCGGAGCUCCCUGCAACCCAACGCUCAGCAGCAGCCCACCGCAACCUGCAGGUCGUCGUCGCCCACGGCGGCUGCACCUAGCGUCUGGGACCUCCUUGCUGCCUAGCGCCACUGCUGCAUCGCUUCUGACUGCCAGCGAAAUAGAAGAAGAAGAAAAAAAACAAAAAACAGAAGACGCGAAAGAAAAGGAAGAACAGAGGAAAGAAAGAAGAAGAAGGAAAAGAAAGAAAAAAAAUAAGGGACCCGGCCCAGAAAAAAAAAAAGAAAAAAAAAAGGGAACCGGCUGGCCCAGAAAAAGGAAAAAGAAAGAAAGAAGAAAAAAAGAGAGGAAAGCUCAAAGAACAGACGACCCAAAAAGAAAAAAAAAACACGCCUGCUCCAACACGCGCGUGUCCUUAAGCCAAGAACAAUCACGAUGUCGAAUGAACCUAGACUCGACUUUCCCAUGCUUGACUCAACAGUCUCGGAUUACCACAGUUGGGUAACCGAUGUUGAGAACCAUCUCACUUCAAAGGGAAUAUUACCCAUAAUCCAGGCACCUAACCCGGAUCUUGUGUUCGUGCAAACACCUACAAAGCAUGCUUAAGCAGUUAUCUUGAUGCGACGCCAUAUGGACAAGGCACUCAGAUUGGAGUAUAUGUCGAUCAAGAAUGCAAGAGAGCUAUGGGUAGCGCUAGAAGAGCGCUUUGGCAAUGUCCAAGAUUCCCUCCUCCCUAACUUGAAGGUUCAAUGGAACAAUCUGCGCUUUGCUGACUUCAAGUCUGUUGCUAAAUAUAAUUCAGAGGCUCUUCGCUUACAAUCCAUGUUUAGAUUCUGUGGGCAACCUGUCACAGAGCAAGAGCUAAUUGAGAAGACUCUCUCCACCUUCCCCGUUUCAGCCAUUGUGGUAUCAAAGCAAUACCGUACUGAAGUCAAUGCUGGACGGAUCACGAGGUUUCAUCAGCUUAUCAAUAUUAUAUCUGUAGCUGAGAAACAUGAUAACAUACUCGUGAGGAAUUAUAAUUCAAGGCCCAUUGGAACUAAGAGCGUUCAUGAGGCGAAUUAUAAUGCACCCAAAGGAGGGCGCAAGGAGCGGUACCCUAAGAAUAGGGCACAUGAGGGACGUUUGGGCCCAUAUAACCGCCCUAACCAGGAAGGAAACCACAAGUUUGGUGCGGAUAAACGUGGUGGUAAUGCCACACGUGGGAGAGGGGGUCGUGGUAUCUCUAGCCGUAAUGGUGGCUCAAUGGGUCGUGGUGGUGGCACCAACCCUCCUAGGGAACGCCCGCAACGUGCACAACGUGCACCUCAAUUAAAAGGAGGCAACCACAAUGAUGAGUGUCAUCGAUGUGGAUCAAUUGAGCAUUGGUUCAAGCAAUGCAAGGCAAGCGAGGAACUAGCUGCAAGAUACAGGGCAUAUAGGGACCUGAGAGAGCAAGAAGUGUACCUUGCAGAAGAAGAAGAAGAUGGUGGAGAUGUCAAUCUCACCAUAGAGGACUUCAAAGCUGAAGAUGAAGUGCACAUGGAUGCAACAGACUUUGAUUAG